AUGGAGGAGGAGGUGCCUGCAGACCUCUCGCUGGGGGAGUCCGAGCCCGCCGCCCUCCGCUUCCCCGUGCAGGUCGGCCGCCUGCAUCGCUGCACGGCGUUCGUCGCGGAGGCGCGGCCGCAGGGUGAGUACUUCAUCCAGGUGAUAGGCGCCUACCCUCCCGACGAGGAUGGCCAGCUCGCACGGGCCGAGCAGAUUCGCCGCAGCGAAGGCUGGCGGCCGCUCUACCACUGUUGCGCGGAGGAGAUGUGCCUUGCCACGCUGCGCGCCUCCCGCGGGACGCUGAUCGCCGUCUCGGAGCUCGAGGAGGUCGACGCUGCGGAGGCGUCGGAGUUCUACCUGGAGUGCCAUGCGGUGGACCCUUGGGCCCGCUGGUCCCAGGAGCUCGGGCCCGAGCCUGCAGGAGAGGCGGCGGCUUGCAGGUCGUCGGAGGUCGAGCUGGACGGGUUCGGCAUGCCGCUCGAGGGCUGCGCGGUUCAGGACACGGCUGCCCCGACCUCGGGCCCGCGCCCCAUGGUGGCGCCAGCGCGCGGCGGCGGCCGCCAGCCCGCUGCCCUGCAGGCCUCGCCGCUGGAGGAGGCAGGCGCCCGCCCGUCAGCCGUGGCGCCCCCUGCGCGCGAGACAGGGCCGACAAGAGGCGCGCGCCCGAGGUGCCAGCAGAAGCGGCGGCAAGUGCCGCGGGCGGCAGCGCUGGGGCGGGGGCCGAGGGACCUCUUCUCCAGCUGUUGCUUGAGGCGGCGGCCAACAGGAGCAGCCCUGGUGACGUACUGCAGUCAGUUCUCAGUGGCGCCAGCGCCAGUGGUGAUGGGGCAGUCCCGCGAGGUCGCGCCAUUCGUCGAGGCGCUGGCCAAGAUGAGUGAGUAUGUCACCACGCAGGAUGGUGAGAAGGCGGGGGAGGAUUUUCCGUCUAUCUUCAUGAAGUACUUUCUGAAUGUCCCCGUCCCUCAGACCCCCAUCAAGUCGAUCGGGAUGGAGGUCUACCGCGAGAUGAGGACAGGCUGCGAGGCCGCGGAUGCCAUCCCUUCGGGCAAGACGGCCUACGCCAUUGACGUCCUGGGUCCACGGUUCAAGGCACUUCAGCUUUCCGCUAUCGACAAGUGUUGGUCGGGUGCUCGCCGGCUGGAGCUCAUCCCGUCCAUGAACGAGCAGCUUGCGCUCAGAACGGAGGAUGAGGAGAUCGUGCGUGCCGUCGAGCUGGGCGAUUUGCGCCUAGAGGAGCUGCUGCCCGAGCUCAGGCAGGGCUGGGAGACAG